GUUCCGGGUGACAUGAGCUGAGUUUCCGCGCGUUUUCGGAUUUGGGACUGGCUGUAAUGUUAUAGUAUACGAAGAUGUUGAUGGAAACAGUCGUCUGCAAUUGUAGGCCAGGUUAAGUUGACAAUGUGAUUCUGUUAGAGUCAUAACAUUAGCGAGACAUUCAAUCAUGUUGCUACCAUCUGAUAUUGCGCGACUUGUUCUUGGGUAUCUGCAACAAGAGGGUCUCAGUGCCACAAGUAGAGCAUUCGUGCUGGAGAGCCCCAAUCUGAAAGAGUAUGCAGAGCAUAGUACAGAGGAUGGAUUUAUCCCAGCCUGUGUGUUUUCUCUUUUUGGAAAGAACUUGAAAACUAUUUUGAAUGAAUAUGUAGCUGCCAAAACAAAGGAAAUAAGUGAAGAGAAUCAGGUUCCUGCCAUGUUGACAUCAUUAUGGAAGAAGCUGGAUGUCACUCUUAAUCAGAUCAAAUGUAUGCAGAACUCUCCAAUUGUCUACUCAAGCCAGAGGAUGCGUACAAAAAAUGGCAUCAUGAGGCACAGGGCCCUGUCAAGCCCUCUGGCGUCUCCCAUUCCUGGAGGUGUGAGUGUGUCCAGUCCCAUCCCCACCCCACACAUAGACCCAGGGCACUCCACCCCCGUGUGCAUCUCCUCCCAGCAGCUUCGGCCGUCACCUCUGGCCUUCAGUCAUUUUCAGGAUGGCAGCCGCCUGUCCAUCAACCUGAGCCACAACACCCCACUGCAAAUUAUUGUUCCUGACCAGAGAUUUACCCCAGGACCGUUAUCCCCAGCACGCAGAAAGUGCGAUUCGCCAAGAAGAAGGGGGGGGUGCCUGGCUUCAGGGAGUGGAAGCACACGGGCCAGCCUGGUGACCAGCGGCCUUAUUCAAGAAGGACAAAGCCAAGAAGUGGGGUCGGAGAAUUUCCCACAAAUGGUAAUAGAUAGUGCCCGUGAGAAGAUCCUGAAGGACCGUUCACUACAAGAGAAGCUUGCUGAAAAUAUUAACAAAAUACUUGCCAGUGACAAUAGUCCACAAGCUUCAAAAGCAGCAUGCAGCUCAGUAGAUCAAGACCCGUCAAUUGAUGAAAUUCUGGGCCUCCAGGGGGAGAUCCACAUGUCGGAUGUUGCCAUUCAUGACAUUUUGGAGCAGACUGAGUCGGACCCUGCCUUCCAGGCUCUUUUUGAACUCUUUGACUACGGUAAAGGUAGAACAAGCGGCACUGAGGAGAUUGAAGGAGGCCAAAGAGACCAGGACGGCGAGGAGAUUGGUUUUGUGGAGGAGCUAGCUGAUGUUGUUGACCCAAGUCCUGUGCAGGAAGACUCCGCGUCUUGUGCAGAGCCUUCAUCUGCACCUAAAUCAAAGACGAGAGGAGCUCAAGAGGCCAAGAACAAGAGGAAGUCCACCCCGUCUUCAAAUGCAUCCAAGAAUCCUACUCCAAUCCUUCCUUCAGCCCUGACUCCCAGACAGCCAGCCUCUGAGAACCUGGCCUCAGGCCGAGGGUCGACUUUGGACCCAAAGCAGAGGGGGAGCAGGAGGCACACACGAGCCUCUCAACACGCCUCACAAGCCAGCAAGAGCACAGCAGCUGAGGAGGAAGUGAGUAUGGACGUAGACAGCCCUGUGGCACCUGAGACCGACUCAGUGCCUUUGACACAGGAAAUGCCUGAGGCCAGCAAAGGUCAAAGUCCAGAACAGCCUCCAGCCACAGCAGGCAGCAGCCAACUGCUGGGAGCCACACCUGGCCUCCCUUUAAGCAUUCUGGUCUCUGGAGCCACACCUGGCCUCCCUUUGAGCAGUCUGGUCUCUGGAACCACACCUGGCCUCCCUUUGAGCAGUCUGGUCUCUGGAGCCACACCUGGCCUCCCUUUGAGCAGUCUGGCCUCUGGAGCCACACCUGGCCUCCCUUUGAGCAGUCUGGUCUCUGGAACCACAGCAGGACACGAGGUGCAGCUAGAAUCAGUGCAAGGGCAAAGUGCUCAUCGCCCUGUAGAGAAGACACCAGAGGUGCUGAGUGGACCUCACACUAACAAAGAGUCUGUCGGAGAACAAGGCCCUCUGUCUAGCUCCCCAGUUAAGAACAGUACCCAAGGAAGGGAAGUCAUCCAGAAAUCCCAGUUGCCAGACAGGGUGAGGGGGUCAGAGGUCAGCUCUGUGCUCCCAUUGGCUCCAGCUGCUUGUCCUGCUGCUGUGUCCUCGUCCUCGUCCUCCUCAGCUGUGCAGACGGACCCCAAUCAGAUAGUCUCUCUGAAGAUCAUAGUGAGUGAUGAAGAGGAGCAACCCUCCACAGAUCCCACGCUCAGCCAGGCUGUGUCCAGCAUCAGUGAGGAGGGCAUCCCCACCAUAUACCUCUCCUCCCCGGCCAAGUCCCCAGCCAGGGGGGUGUUGCUGUCUGCCCCCAGCUCCGGGGUGACCCCUGAGGAGACAGUCCAGGCAGUGAGCUGCCUUCAGAGGACUGAGGUCAGUCAGGAUGGCCAUCAGCGGGCCCCUGGAGGUGCUGGAGAUGGCCCCAAGGAGCCGGGCUUCUUCCAGCUGCUUCCAGCCAGUGCCGGCUUCAGUGGCCCCAGCAGCUACUUUGUAGUGACAGACCAGAUGGUGCCAGGAGACCGCCAGUCCAGCGUGGUGGUGGUUCCAGGUGCUCCGGCAGUCCAGGGUCAGGUGACCACGUUGCCCCAAGUUCUGGCUACACCACCGCGGUCACGAGCAGUACCACAGUCUUACGGUUCAACCUUCAUCAUAUCAUCACCAAUCCAGUCCAUGCUGCAGAAUGUGGUCGUGCCCGUGUCCGUGAUGGGCCAGAGUAACACAGGGAAGUUCACUGUUGUUCCCAAUCAGGUACUAACUUUGCCCUGCACAACAUCUGUGGCCCAGCCAGCAGCCCUUGUCUCAAAACCCAAACUGGCCCCUCGACAGGAUGCCAGGAACCCUGGUAAAACAGUCAAGUCUGGUGCUGGUCCAGUGCAGAAGGCAGCGGUGCCCUUGCCCUUGCCUUCUCCUUCUCCUUCUCCUUCUCCCAGCACAGAGAGCAUGAAGACUGGAGGCUAUGUGAGGAUGCUCUGCUUCGACCCUCCCUCUUCAAACACUCCAACCCCACCAGCAGCUCCAACAGCAGCCCCUGCAGCCAGCCAGAGUCCCACGCAGACCAGGAGCCCGGCCCCCACCAGCACCCCCCCCACUGAGAAACAGACCAGGAGCCCGGCCCCCACCACCCCCACCCCCACUGAGAGACAGACUAGUAGAGAUGGGGUGCGUGCGCUCACCCCCAAACCCAUCAUCCUCGGAGGCAACAGGGCCAAGAGGAGGGUGGAGACGGUCCGGGUGGAGGACAAAACUCCCCAGCCCUUGGCCUUCAUCGUCCCCCAGAACAGGGACUCCUCGGUGAGGGAUCUAUCGGGGGUGAAGGACAUAAACACAACCAGCAGCAGCUUUGAAGCUCCCAAAGGGCCAGCAGCUGCCCAACAGGGGCCCAGCACACGGUCCGAGUCCAGGAGGAAGUCACACAUGACGGAGAAACCGGACACAGGAAGCGCAUCGAGCGAUGUGGCCCUGAACACCACGGCCUCUGAGCAGUCACACAGGCACAGGACCGUGUCCAGCGGGGCCAAGAGGGACGGACAGGAGUCGGGCAAACAGGACACGGUUAAUGGACAAGAUGAGAGGCCAGCACCCCCACAGGAGGUCACUCCUGUCACCGCCAACAAGGAGAAGGAGCUGGAGGCCCACCAGGGGAGGGAGAAGGAGAAGGAGAGGACCCAGCUUGCCCCCCCGGCUCCUCAGGAGCCUGUCUCGAUCACCUCCUCCCGGACCACUCCAGCUGCCUCAGGAGCACCCUGCAAGGCCCUGAGCAAGACCAGCCCGCUUACCAAACAAGCUGCCGAAAUGCUCCAGGACAUCCAGGGCCUCCACCCUACAGCCACCCCACCCAAGAAGCCAGGGCUGGGCUGCCUGGAUAUGCCCCUGCCUAGAACUCCUGGCCUGGGCCGCCUGCACGAGGACUCUCUGGAUUGCCUCCGUACGCCAGGUAGGCAGCGCCCCGGCCGAGAGGCAGAGGGCACACCGCGCCACCUUCUCCCACCGGCCACGCCUGAGCUGCCCGCCUGCAGCCCGGCCAGUGAGACGGGCAGCGAGAACAGCAUCAACAUGGCCGCCCACACGCUCAUGAUCCUGUCGCGCGCCGCACGCACCGGGGGGCCGCUGAAGGACAGCCUACGCCAGGAGGAGGCCGCCGCCCCCACGGCCGUGUGCAAGAGCAAGAAGCGCAAGCCCAGCCCCGCUGACAAGAAGGAACAUCCAGGCGCCUCCAGCAGCAAGAAGAAAGCUAAGAAACAGAAGAGGCUGUUGGAUUCUUUUCCAGACGACUUGGACGUUGACAAGUUCCUGUCAUCACUGCACUAUGAUGAAUGAGGACUGCUCCACAGCUGCAAUGCUCUUAGUGGACACUGUAAACCAUAUAUGUGUUAUGAGCAUUUUGCUGCACAAAUGGUUUGGAAGUGUGAAUCACAAUGCUGUAUAAAAAAACUAAGUUUUUCUGGUUGUAAUACAGUGGAUGUCUCAUAUUUAAAAAACAGUUGUAAAUACACAUUCAUUUAACUUUGUAUUAAAUGCUCUGAUUUUUAAA